GUCUGCACCUUCAGUAAAAACAAACAAACACACCGCGGCUUCGUUACAGGGUACAGUUAAACGACGCGAACACCGACACUCUCCCCCCUCCCCUCCCCAAAACAGUCACCGUUUUCCUUCCUCGCUAUCUUCGCUGUUGACCUACGCAAAAGAACAGCGGAGCAGAGCUGCAGCACGUUCCCUUGUUUUUCCAACCAGCAAAGUAGACUCGUUAUCUCCUCAUUUCCUUUCGCACAAACACAGUAAACGAUGGCGCUUGUCUCUUCCAGCUUUGCGGAGCGCUACGCGGAGCUCACGUCGCGUGUGCCGACCUUAACGGAGAGCCUGCUCGAUGUGCAGCGAGGAGAGGUGUGCGAGCGGCGAGAGGUCGAGGCCCACGAGCAGGCCGGCUUCCAGGACGUGUUGCACGUCGCUGCCAUCAUGAUCUCGGACAAGAAGGCGCUCCGCCACCGGUCCGCCGCGUUAUCGGACGCCCAUGCCCUCACCGUGUACAAGCAGGAGACGGCGGUGUGGUUUCCGGCUGCCCCGCCGCGCAGCGUGAACUUUCGCGCCAACCGUCCUCUUCGCGCCUUUCCACACGCUGCCUUCAACGACAUGCUGGAUGAGGAGCGGGAGCUGCGGCAGUGGCUCUACGGAGUUGAGCGUCACCUCCGCCAGCACGUGGAGGAGGCGUGCAGCCGCUCGUGGCUUUACCUCAACAUGCUGGACGACACCGUCAGCAAAGAAAACCGUGGCCGGCAGCGUCUGAUGAAGGAGGCGGACGACUCGUUUGUCGAGCUGAAGCAGCGCUUUUUCCGCACCGUCCCGGCCGAUUACUUCCGUCACGUCAUCCGUGCGCGGUACGGCUCCAGCCUUCCGGCCCCACCGGCGGAGGACACUUCCAUCGAGGCACAGGAACAGCGGGCGCGGGCGGCGCUGUGCGACGAGGAAGUGGCGGCGUGCAAAGAUGUCUUUCAAUACUUCCAAAUUGCCUACGGUGUGCGUCUGUUUUCCCUCAACCAUCAAGAGGUGAUCGAACGGUACGAGUUGGAGGAGGCGGAGGCGAACACCCUCUUUCCGCUCAUUGCGGGUUUGUGUCGUGCCGAUUUUGGCGGCGCCUUCUACCAUGUCCCGGCGCUGGCGCUGCACAUCAGCUCGAACUGCCCCAGCCUGCGGGCCCUGUGCCUCGCACAGCUGCAGCCACCGUCGUCGAAGACAGACGCGACGGCUUCCAACUCCGAGCCUCCUUCAGUGUCCACCACACCUGCCGCUGCGGAGGCAACGGAGGUGGUGAAGGAGGUGGAGUAUACGCAGGAGAGCGCCGAGGACACGCAGGCGGUGCCUCCCAGCGCCGUGGAGAACAACGAAGACGAACUGGCGCCGGCGGCGGAGGAGACGCAUCCGGACGUUCCUGCGCAGGGCGACGAGGGCGAAGGCAACGCACGGGAGCCAGAGGAGGAGGAGGAGACACUCGCUGUGGACGAGGACGUACUGGUGGUGCCGGAUGCGACGGGUGCGACGGAUGAGCUGCCACCGGUGUUGUUUGUUGUGGAGGAGGAAGCACCACGUGCGGCGGCUGAGGAAGAACCGGCGGCGCCGUCGCUCUCGCACGACGGCUCGGAGCUAACGUGCUCUCCGCAGCCGCUGCCAAAGUCGGUUUUCAGCCGUGUGGAGGUCUUUCUCGGCGACCCGUUUGACGAAGAGCCAAACCGCAAAAAGAAACGAAAACAGUCGAAGAGGAACAAGACAUCACUCUGUGCGUGUGGGGCGAAGAGGUCCAAGUCAAGAGAGAAUGAUGAAUUGUAA